CUGAGGCGAACAUCUUCCACAGGAGUCGGCGGGGGCGGCGCUGCUGUUGCGGCGGCCGCGGCUGCUGCUAGUCCAGGCGAACCGGCGGCCGCGACGACGGCAGCCGCCUGAGGCGAGCGACUGUUGCGGGGCACGGGCGGAGGCGGCAGCGGCCGCCCGCCAUGGACUGAGGAGACCGCGAUGGGCAACAAGGAGUCGCGCAUCGGCUUCCUCACCUACGACGAGGCCCUGCGGAGGGUGACGGACGUAGAGCUAAAACGGCUGAAAGAUGCCUUCAAGAGGACCUGCGGACUCUCGUGUUACAUGAGCCAACAAUGCUUCAUUCGGGAAGUUCUCGGAGAUGGAGUUCCUCCAAAGGUUGCAGAGGUCAUAUACUGUUCUUUUGGUGGCACAUCGAAAGGUCUACAUUUCAAUAACCUGAUCGUAGGCUUAGUCCUGCUGACAAGGGGCCGAGAUGAAGAGAAAGCCAAAUAUAUUUUCAGCCUAUUUUCCAAUGAAUCUGGGAGUCAUGUUGCCCGUGAAGAGAUGGAGAGGAUGCUUCUCAUAAUUGAUGGAAAAGUCCCUGAAUGCCUAAAAAAAUGCUUCUCGGAGGGCGAAAAAGUAAACUAUGAAAAAUUCAGAUCCUGGCUGUUGCACAACAAAGAAGCUUUCACAUUUUCCCGCUGGCUCCUCUCCGGAGGCGUGUAUGUCACGCUCACAGAUGACAGUGACACCCCCACCUUCUAUCAGACUCUGGCUGGAGUCACACACUUGGAAGAAUCAGAUAUCAUCGACCUCGAGAAACGCUAUUGGCUCCUGAAAGCUCAAUCAAGAACAGGCCGUUUUGAUCUGGAAACGUUUGGCCUCCUGGUUUCCCCUCCGAUCCAUCCAUCCCUGAGCGAAGGCCUGUUUAACGCCUUUGAUGAAAACCGCGACAAUCACAUAGACUUCAAGGAAAUCUCGUGCGGGCUCUCGGCUUGCUGCAGGGGGCCACUGGCAGAACGGCAGAAGUUUUGCUUCAAGGUUUUCGACGUUGAUCGAGACGGGGUUUUGUCUAAGGUUGAACUCGAAGAAAUGGUUGUGGCUCUUCUGGAAGUUUGGAAAGAUAAUCGUAUUGAUAACAUUCCAGAGCUGCACAUGAAUUUGCCUGAUAUUGUAGAAGAUAUUCUAAAGUCACACGACACUACCAAGCUUGGUCAUCUCACCCUUGAGGAUUAUCAGAUCUGGAGUGUGAAGAGUGCCCUUGCCAACGAAUUUUUGAACCUGCUUUUUCAGGUGUGCCAUAUAGUCUUAGGUUUAAGACCUGCCACUCCAGGAGAUGAAGGACAAAUCAUUAGAGGCUGGCUAGAACGUGAAAGUAGACAUGGCCUUCAACAAGGACACAACUGGUUUCUCAUCGCAAUGCAGUGGUGGCAUCAGUGGAAAGAAUACGUCAAAUACGAUGCCCCCACUGUUAUGAUAGAGCCUGUGUCUGCUUCAAAUGGAGGUAAGACUUCCCUCCUGAGUCCUGGGACACCCACAUCAGAGCUGGGAGACGACCAAACGGGUGCUUCGAAUAACAUCAAUGCCGCAGAAGAAAAGUUUUCAGAUGAUAUUUCCAGCGCGUCGGAAGCAUCGGAGACAACUAACAGCAAUUGUCUUCAUGCCACCACUCCCAAUACCGAGAUGUCUUUGGCUCGACACCUUAAUUCUUCGGACAACAACAAUCAGUGCCUCCUUGCCUCUAAUGGGAAUAUCUUACUGCAGCUGCUGAAUCCACAGCGGCCCGGAGCAAUCGAUAAUCAGCCGCUUGUAACGCAAGAGCCCGUGAAGGCGCCAUCAUUGACUUUGGAAGGCGGGCGAUUAAAACCAUCGCCCCAAUUAAUCCAAGGGAAAAAUUAUGAAAUGGUCCCAGAACCGGUGUGGAGAGCCCUCUACCAUUGGUACGGAGCAAACCUGUCUUUGCCCAGACCGGUGAUCAGAAACAGCGCGAUGGGCCUGCCCGAACUGGAGCUAUUUCCCCGUUACCUGCUCUUCCUGAGACAGCAGCCAGCUACCCGGACCCAGCAGUCCAAUGUCUGGGUGAACAUGGGUAUGAUGAGCCUGAGGCUGUUUCCUCAACAUUGGCCGAGAGGUAACGUAAGACUACAGCAAGAACCCAGCUGCGCAGUAGUUCUCGAGGGGAGGCCGGCUCCACCGCCCAGACUUCGACGCCUGUGCUGCCACAGUGCUUGGAACGUUCCAUCUCCCAGCGCCCCCUUGAAGAGGGUAUUGGCUUACACCGGCUGCUUUAGCCGCACCCAGACCAUCAAGGAGAUCCACGAAUACCUGUCGCAGCGGCUGAGGAUGAAAGAGGAAGACAUGCGCCUGUGGCUGUACAACAGCGAGAACUAUCUUACUCUUCUAGACGAUGAGGAUCAUACACUGGAAUACCUGAAUAUUCAAGAUGAACAGCACUUAAUUAUAGAAGUUCGCAAUAAAGACAUGAGUUGGCCGGAAGAGAUGUCAUUUAUAGCAAACAGCAGUAAAAUUGACAGGCAUAAAGUUCCGACAGAAAAAGGGGCCACGGGCUUAAGCAACUUGGGGAACACGUGCUUCAUGAAUUCAAGCAUCCAGUGUGUCAGUAACACACAACCGCUUACCCAGUAUUUCAUCUCCGGCCGACAUCUGUACGAGCUGAACAGGACAAAUCCAAUAGGAAUGAAGGGGCAUAUGGCUAAAUGCUACGGGGAUUUGAUUCAAGAACUGUGGAGCGGAACCCAAAAGAACAUUGCUCCUCUGAAGUUGAGGUGGACUAUAGCUAAAUAUGCCCCGAGGUUUAAUGGCUUCCAGCAGCAAGAUUCUCAGGAACUCUUAGCUUUUCUCCUGGACGGGCUCCAUGAGGACCUGAAUCGAGUCCAUGAUAAGCCGUACGUUGAGCUGAAGGACAGCGAUGGCCGUCCGGAUUGGGAGGUGGCGGCAGAGGCCUGGGAGAACCAUUUGAGAAGGAACCGCUCGAUUGUGGUCGACCUCUUCCACGGGCAGCUGAGGUCCCAGGUGAAAUGCAAGACCUGUGGACACAUCAGUGUCCGUUUCGACCCUUUUAAUUUCUUAUCGCUGCCUCUUCCAAUGGACAGUUACAUGCACAUAGAAAUAAUAGUAACUAAGCUAGACGGCACGACUCCCGUCCGAUACGGACUCAGGCUGAAUAUGGACGAGAAAUACUCUGACUUGAAGAAGCACCUGAGUGAACUCUGUGCCCUGAAGCCCGACCAGAUCCUGCUUGCGGAAGUACACAGCUCGAACAUAAAGAACUUUCCACAAGACAACCAAAAAGUCCGGCAUUCAACGACUGCUUCUUUGUGCGCCUUCGAAGUACCGAUUCCCGGCUCUCCCACUUCGGCUUCUUCAAGCCCCUUGCAAACAGUUUUAGAUUUUUACCGUGGACAGUCGACCAACGGGGUGAUCAGCUGCCUGAUGAAUGGGGACCUCCCACGGUCAACCUUGAUCCCAAAUGGAAUGCCAAACACAGUGGUGCCCUGCAGGGUGGAGAAUGGCGUGACGAUGAAUGGUCAUGUGACCUCACCUUCCGACAGCCCCUUCAUAGGCUACAUCAUUGCGGUCCACAGGAAAAUGAUGCGGGCUGAAAUGUACUUCCUCUCGUCUCAAAAGAACCGGCCAAGCCUGUUUGGAAUGCCUCUGAUUGUUCCCUGCACAGUUCACACAAGGAAGAAAGACCUGUAUGAUGCUGUCUGGAUUCAGGUGUCUCGGCUCGCAAGCCCCCUCCCUCCCCAGGAAGCAAGUAACCAUGCUCAGGAUUGUGACGACAGCUUGGGAUAUCAGUACCCUUUCACCCUUCGGGUGGUUCAGAAAGAUGGCAACUCCUGUGCCUGGUGCCCCUGGUACAGGUUUUGCUACGGGUGUAAAAUCGAUUGCACAGAAGAAAGAGCUCUGAUGGGGAACGCAAACCUGGCUGUCGACUGGGAUCCCACCGCCCUGCACCUCCGCUACCAGACCUCACAAGAACGGAUAGCAGAGGAGCACAGAAGCGUGGAGCAGAGCCAGCGUGCUCAGGCCGAGCCCAUCAACCUGGAUAGCUGCUUGCGGGCCUUCACCAGUGAGGAGGAGCUGGGCGAAGAUGAAAUGUACUAUUGUUCCAAGUGCAGGACCCACUGCCUGGCCACCAAGAAGCUGGACCUGUGGAGGCUGCCCCCGAUCCUGAUCAUCCACUUAAAGCGCUUCCAGUUUGUCAAUGGCCGCUGGAUAAAAUCCCAAAAAAUCGUCAAGUUUCCUCGUGAGAGCUUUGACCCAAGUGCCUUCCUCAUGCCACGAGACCCGAGCUGCUGGCCGCCAAAGCUGCUGACGCCGCAGGCAGACGAUCCCACGGAGCCCCUGAUUCUGCCGGAGGAGUGCCGGAGGACGGAGCCACGGAGCGGCACGGUGGCUGGAGAAGGCGACGUCCUCACCCGGAGCCCUUCUUCUCUCAACACUUCGGGCAUCUUAAAUAAUAUUAGAGCAUCGCCGUCCUCCGCGAGGAAGUGCCCAUCAGGCUCUUCGACCAGUAAAAACCUUAGCCCCACCAGUAGCCCCAGGACUAUGGGCAGAAGUAAGGGGCGCCUUCGUCUCCCCCAGCUCUGCAAAAACAAACUGUCGAGCAGCAAAGAGAACCUGGACACGAGUCGAGAGAACGGUACCCAGCCAGAUCCAAAGGCCCCAUUGGACUCUCCGGGCAGGGAGCAGCAAAAGUUGGGGGAUGGUUCAGGAGAGCCGGUGGUUGCUCAGGACAAUGAGGGGCAACUCACCAACGGAUACCUUUGCAAGCUCAGCUCCUCCAGCAACCACAGUCUCAACGGUCUCCUGGAAGCCCGCCGGGAAGAGGAACUGGCGGAGGACCAAAGAGGAGAAAUCUGUAUUAAUCCUAUUUAUAACUUAUAUGCAAUUUCGUGCCAUUCAGGAAUAAUGGGAGGAGGUCAUUAUGUCACCUAUGCCAAAAACCCAAACGACAAAUGGUACUGUUACAACGACAGCAGCUGUAAGGAAUUGCAUCCUGAUGAAAUCGACACAGAUUCUGCCUACAUCCUUUUCUACGAACAGCAAGGAGUGGACUAUGCACAGUUUUUGCCAAAGAUUGAGGGCAAGAAUAUGGCGGAUACCAGUAGCAUGGAUGAAGAUUUUGAGUCCGAUUACAAAAAGUACUGUGUCUUGCAAUGAGCAAAACGGGUUUUGUAAAGGUUAGUCCGAGGAGAUUGCAUCACAAGGCUGGCAACAAAAGAGAACAAAAGGAAAUACGGUUUUAACUGAGCAGAAGAGCUAGAUGUAGUUUUUAUUUUUUAUUUUAAUUUAUUUUUAAUUUUCCUCCUGUGACCGGAAAGCACAACUAAAGAAAAACAUAAUAAAAAAAAAUAGCAGGGGGAGAAAGAGAAACUCUAAUUAAAAUGAGCAUUUAUCAGGUGGCAUUUGCUUUGGUUUCCCAUCUCUUGCUCCAUGCCCAGAGGGUGGGGGAACACCCAUUGGUUAAACUGUUUUAUUUUGCCUUCAGCCUUUAAACUGGCUUGACCUCAGCAAACUAAAGACUAGGUGCAUUUAAAAUUUUAGAAAGGUAAUCCAGCGAAGAGGCAGAAUAACCGUAGUCUGAUCGUUCCUUUGACCAAUUUGCUCUUAGAGACGUCUGAAGUAAGUUGGGGUUGGGGAAAGAAAUGACUUUUGGGAAAGCUCUCUUCCAAUUGUUGCUAAUGAUUAACUUGUAGUGUUGUCUUGACAACAUGAAAUUUCUACCUCCUUUUUCUGAAGUUUUAUUCCAUGUCUGCGAGGAGAAGAGGCACACGCAGACGGCAGGCACAAGCUGCAGAAAAUUCCUGCAAACUUUCCCUGCUGUUCAUUUUCUCUCACUUGAUGUAUUCAUUAGCAGUUCCUUUCCAUCGCCUUAAGAAUAAAGUUUCCUCUCUUUUUUUUGACCUUGUGGAAUUGUUCCAACCCCUUUGGCUUUCAGAGAGGUUCCAGAGCAGCUCCAGCAGCCUUUUGGCGCUUGAAAUGGCUGGAGAUCUGGAAACUGAGGCAGCUCCAGGCUGUUGCUGGGGGCAGUGAGUGGGCUAAUUAUUUGUAUUCAUCUCCACUUUGGAUGGAUUGGGGUGUUCUAGGAGCCAAGUGUUUCUCUGUGUACUAGGGGGUACUUGGGUAAGAAACCUGCUCUGGUUGUGAAAAUAUUUUGCCAUUGUGGUUACCCUGUCCCCUCAACUUACAACUUUCAUUCAAAAGAAGCUAGUUCCUGAUUUUUUUGGUGUAUUGAUCUGAUCACUCUUGAGAAUGGGAAAGUCAAAUCAGGAAUCUGUUCCCCAACUCAACCCAACCCAAUGCAACUCAACCCAACCCAAUGCAACUUAACCAACCCAACUUAAUGCAGCUCUACCCAACCCAAGUCAACCCAACUCAAUGCAACUUAACUCAACCCAACCUGAAGCAACUCUAUGCAACUCAACCCAACCUAUUGCAACUCAAUCUAAUGAUCCAACCCAAUCCAAUUCAAUCCAACCCAGAGCAACUCAACCUAAUUCAACCCAACCUUUAAAUCCCAGAAACAAUGGAGCCUGGUUGAGUGUUUGAGCCAACAGUGUGUCAGUGAUGGCUGAUGGGAAAUGUGUACCCAAAGGAGGACUAUAGGCAGGGAGGGGUCAAAAAGUUCAAGAUGGAGUCGGUGACUAUAAUCAAAAUUUUACCCCCCCCUUUUUUUUUACUUGUGUCACGCGUGCAGGAGAUGGAUGGGGCUUCAGAAGGGCAGUGACAGCCGCCAUCUUGAUUUUUAGGACCCCCCCCUCCCCCAAGUAGCCGCCCCUCACAAUGGAGAUGGAGAUGUACAAGGUUAACAGCCUCUUCUUUCGCACUCCUAGCACCAAUCCUUCAUUUGUGGUAGACCUUUUGAAAGGAGAGAGUCCUCACAAAUAUUGUUCUCUCUUCCUUCAUUGGAGGGAGUGCCAGUCAUGGUUUUUUUUAAUUAUUUGCACUUUAAAAAUAAUGAUAAAAACAUAGCAGAGUUCAUUUUUCAGUGCUUUUGGGAUAGCUGUGUGCAUGCUUGGGUGUGUGUGUCCUUUCCAUUCCUUUUUCUUUCGAAAAGCAACGUGAACAUGUCUGAAGGAUGACCAUCAGCGAUGGAGAGGUUGUCCGUUCUACCACCCAAUAGGCUAUCCUUUUGGCCAGCCAACCUUGUCCCCGGAAGGAAUAUUAAUACUUCAAACCCACUUCAAGCAUAUUGUGGUGUUUAACCAUCUCUUGAUGGUGAUUCCCCUUUAUCUGUUCUUGCAGGUCAGCCAGAGUCAAAGCAGAGCAGUGAGAUAAAUCUUGUAGGUCAGCCAAAGUCAGAGCAGAGCAGUGAGGCGGGUGGCUGCAUAAAUGUAAUAAUUAAAUGAAAGAAGGAAUUAAAUUGGCAGCCAUGUCCAGCUUCUUGAAUGGAAAUGGAUUGAGAGAGCAGAAUAAUGAGGGAGCUACGGCAAAUGUUCCCAUUUUCAGAUGAGCUAAAAAUCAUUUUGAUUUGAAAAUCCUUCCUACACCUGCAUUGGUUAAGCCAAGCCCCAAAUCAGACACACACCCCUCCUUAUUCCAAUCAGAUGAUGAAAUAAGGUUGAUCAGAGGUUAGGAUAAAUCAUCAUUUCUUCACAAACGAAGCCUCUGAAUCAGCUCUUAGUAAUACAGUGAGAUUUUAAAAGGGCAGCAAAGGUGAGUUUUGCUACUAAUUUGGAAAUCUAUAGCAUGGAGGACUAUCUCAGCCUUCCACGGUUCUUUGAACUGCUCCUGUCAAUCCUUCCCUUACUGAGAACCUGACAAAAAUCCACAUGAUUUCUUUCGGCUAAUUUCCCUGUCGUUCCCUCAUUCCCCCCACAAAGCAAAACCGCUUAGAUUUUGUCUGCGUCAGGCUAUCUUCUUCCAACUGCAGUUUUUCUCAGAACACUUUUUUUUAAAACUCCCUUUUUUCCCCCUUUUCUGGCAGUUCCAGGGCAUUGUGGCUUCGUCUAACCUCAUAUUAGAAACGAGGAUUAGUGUUGAAGCUUGGCAAACAUGGAGAAGGAUUGCAGGGGUCAGGUGGACCUUAACAUUUUAGCCUGCUCUUUGGUAGGUGUUUCUCAACUCUCAGAAUUCCUUAUCCGGACUGCUUUCAAAUUGGCGGACUUUAACUCACCAGAAUUCCCCAGCCAGUAAGCAACACAGAUCUUAAUUCACCCUGAGUGGGGAAUUCUGGGCGUUAAAAGUCCACCCAAUGUAAAACAUGCUGGGCUGAGGGAUUUUGGGAGUUGAAGUCCAAGGCACCAAGGUUGAGAAACACUGCCGGAGAACCCAACAGUUGACAGUUGCUCAGUCUUUUGACCAGUCUCCUUGAAACUACUUGCGUCCAAGCAACUCAGCCAUGCACUGUGGAACUUAACCCAUCCAAGUGAUGUGGCACCAUCAUCCAGUGGUCGCUUGUGUUGGGGCCCUUUGUCACUUCCAUUAGCGUGUGCAUGUGUGUGAAAGUUGCAGAUGGGGUUAUUUCAAACCCAGAUCUUCUGCUGGACCCACGGCAGAAGGUUAGGGCGUAACCUAAGGAGAAGCAGGACCUAGUAGUGUCUCUUAGCUUGCCAUGCAAGAUCAAACCACCAUCAUCUAUAAAGUCCCAUAAUCCUUGACUGCGCUGAUGAGGCCUGUGUAGUCCAGAGUAGCUCCUGAAAACCAACUUCCCACCACCAGUUCUCAUGGGCGCCACCACUCAGUCGUGUGAUUAAUAGCGUGACGUUCCCCCUUUUGCCAAAAAACAAGCCAGCAUCUUGUUGAACGCAUCGUGUGAUGCCUAUCAGUCUGUGAUGUAGCCAAAUCCUGGGGGUGGGGAGAGAUUUUAACAAUGCAUUGGCCCCUAAUUGUCCAUUUUCUUGACCACUCUGAGCAUGGAGAAGAUCCCUUCUUUAAAAACUCUCUCUCUUUGAAGAUCCCUUCCACGUCGCUCUUCAUCUCUUCGUUUCUUUUGGAAACAGUUUGGGUUUAAGUUCCAGCCCAGCAUGAUCCGCUCACCUCGUCUUUAAUCUGCCAUGCUUUGUUACAUUGGUUGUAAUGAUUAAUAUAUUUUUUUUAAGAAAAAAGGUUUAAAUUAAUUCCUAAAUUUAAUAGGAAAAACAAAAUAAACGAUUUAAGUUAACUGUUUAACUAUAUUUGCUCUGUAAAUUAUUGUAUAAAACCUAUUGACAAUGCACUGAAUUUAGAAAGGCUGUGUACAUAAGUACUGUGUAAAUAAUUCAAAGGGGAAAAAACAAAGUAUUAAUGUAUUGGGAUAUGAACUGUAUUAAAAAAAAAGCAAGUCCAAGUAACUGUAUAUGGAGUGAACUUGUCUAUCUGUAAGUAUAUUAUUCAAGCAAAUUAAAUACUGUGGA